AUGUCAUUUCGAGGAGGAAGAGGUGGUGGUGGCGGCCGUGGUGGAGCACAGAUGUCGCAUAUGUUUGCAAAUCCGGAUUUGAAACCGGAUUUCACACCAUCUGAGCGAUAUCCAAAGACAAUUUUACCAGUACAAGCUGAAGGCACCAACCAUGAGAGGCAGGUGGUUGCUCAAUACCUCAAACUCAGAGCCGAUAUUCGAGAUGGUCCGCUAUAUACAGGCUCUUCCACUAAAAAAGGCAGGGUGGUAGUAGAAGUAGAACAAAAUGUGAAUGACGGAAUCAAACGUUAUACCGACAGAUACAUCAAAAAAAGGAAAAUAGGACGUUCUGUAGACGAGCAUCCUUAUAGUAAGUAG